UAUUCAUGGCGGAUGGUUGAUAAAUUUUGGCUGAGGAUAGAUGGCUGUAGAUUUUGUAAAUCUGAUUUGUUUUAUACUGUGAAUAGUUUUUAAAAAUAUAGACAUGCGUUUGUAUUCUAGAUUAUGUGAUACUUGACAAAGUUCUUUCAAUUAAUGUCUGUGAAACGCAAGAAAUAAUAUUGAUGGUAUCUAUUCUACAGGUACUAAUCACGCUCUUGCCCAUUUCCUUUGUGAUCUAGAUAUUCAUAAUUCUUCAGGUCCGAACAAGUUUCUAUGUGUUUUGACUGACAGUGUAUCAGUGAAUGUGUAUAUUUAAUGGUAAUUGCAGUUAUCGGUGUACAUUCAGUGAAAUAGACGGUUAUUUUCUGUGUAACCUCGAACACGGAAGUCCAGGAAGCAGCUCGCCGCUCUGAUUUCUUACUCGUUUGCAAGUAUUCCAACCGGUGAAAAUAUACAUUUUAAUAUUAAAAGGAAAAUACCUACAGAUUAUGCUGGCUUCAUAAGGUAUUAUAAUGAAUAAUGGUUGAAAUAGGAGCGCCACAACAAGCGGCUGAUGAUAGACUAGAGAAUGCGGAGUGGUAUUGGGGCGAUAUCACACGAGAUGAUGCCACAGAAAAACUCAAGGACACCCCAGAUGGUACUUUCUUGGUACGUGAUGCUUCAAACAAGGAUAGUGGAUAUACACUGACUGUUAGAAAAGGGGGUACGAACAAAUUAAUAAAAAUAUAUAAUCAUGAAGGUCGCUAUGGGUUUUGUGAGCCUUUUGAGUUUAAAUCAGUGGUGGAUCUGGUACGAUUCUACACUGAAUACUCACUGGCGCAUUGCAAUAGCAGUUUGGACAUCAGGCUUAUGUACCCUUUGUCACGACAUCAAGAAAAUGAGGGUGGUGAAAGCAUUAGUGAUGAGACACUUGGAAAUAGAUAUAAAGAAAUACAUAAAAAAUUUGUACUGAAAACUAGAGAUUAUAACACACGUUUCUAUAAAUACACCCGUUUAAGAGAAGAAGUCAACUUGAAGCGUCAAGCUCUCGAUGCCUUUAGAGAAGCAGUAAAAAUGUGCGAGGAUCAUCUUAAAUUACAAGAAAAAAUAAAAGCUGAGGCUCAACCACAUGAGAAGAAUAUUGUCCUUGAAAAUAACAGACAAUUAGAACUGAAGCUACAAAGCUUGAAACAAGCCAAAUCAGAUCUAAAUGAUAUAUUAAGGUCCACAUUGGAAUCCAAUCUCUUACUUGAAAGAGACUUGACAAGAUUAAAAUCCGAUGUCCUGGAACUUUACAAUAUAAAGGAACGUUAUAAAGUGUGGUUACAAGGCCGUGGUAAGAAUGAUGAGUAUUUGGAAGCAUUGGAAGAAGAUAACAUCCACAAACUCGAAGAGCUAUAUGCCCAUCGUGAAAUGAUCACAUGGAAAGUAAAUUGUACUCGCGAGAAGGCAGAACAACUUUUAGCUGGAAAACCACAGGGUACAUUUUUAAUACGGCCUAAUUCUACAGGACAAUUGGCCUUAUCUAUUUGCUGUAACAACAUGGUCUACCACUGCAUUAUAUUUAAGACUGAAAGAGGAUAUGGUUUUGCGGAACCAUAUAAUGUAUAUGAGACUUUAAACGAGCUUGUGUUGCAUUAUGCUGUAAAUUCGUUAGAAGAGCAUAAUGAUCAAUUGAGAACGGAACUGAAAUACCCGAUCUAUACACAUUUGGUAAAGAAACCAGAGAAGAACAAUUAAGAAGAAGAAGUUAAGGAAAACCCAAAGAUUUUUCUCACCAGUGAUUGUUGAUUGUUUUUGUUAUGUGGAGGCAAUGAUUUAUACAUUGCUAUCAUUCCACUGUUAUUGUCUUCUAUUUUGAAAAUAGAAUGCCUGGUAUAUGAUUGACGAUGUUUUAUAAGUUUAGAUCUACUCAGAUGGAACUUAUUGGAGAAGUUUUGUGAUAAUGUGAGUGUUUGUUUUUUAUUAUCAGACAUGUUGCUCGGAUUAAUAUAGCGAUCUUAUAGUGGUUAAGUUGGUUGUAUUCCAUGCUAUUGAUAUUUUAUAACAUACUACAUAAAUGUAUUCUUCCAAAUU